CUGUCCAGUCGCCUCCCAGAUGAAACCAUCGGCAUCCCAGCGCCUUCCUUCCGACCUCGGCGUGGAGAUGACGGGGGGAGGAGGAGGAGGAGGAGCAGGUGGGUUUAGAGCGACGCCGGCGACAGAUUUUUUGCCAGGCAGGCUACAUCUCUCACAAACACAAACGUCUCCUCCUGCGUUUAAAGACACAGGCUGCAGCAGCCGCGUCCUGCCCCCCCCCCCCCGUAACCUUCAAAUCAAACAAGACAUCCGAGAGCGCUUCCGUAAACGAGCAGCCGCUGCCUGCCAACGAUGUCGGGCUGAUGAUUACAGUCGAGUCCGCCUAUGGAGCUCACAGAACCAAAGCAAGUACUGGUCCCGGAGCAGAGCGAGUCCCGGUACGCGACCUGAACCAGGGCAAACAAUGUGGCUGAUUCUGUUGGCCAGUUUACUUCACUGCGCCUCGGCCUACGAUGUGGAUCUGAAGAAACUGGACGGGCUUGCAAAAGCGAGGGUGGAGACAUGUGGUGGAUGACAGCUGAACAAGCUCAGAGAGGUGAAAGCCUUUGUGGUCCAGGAUAUUCCUCUUUACCAUAACCUGGUAAUGAAGCACAUUCCUGGAGCCGACCCUGAGCUUGUCCUCCUGAACCACUAUUUUGAAGAGCUGGAUCGGAUUGCCCUGUCUGACAUGACCCGCUCUGAGAUCAAUGAGCUGCUGGGGAAACUGGGUUUCUACAAGAAGACUCAACCUGAGGACGAGGUGCCCGAAGAGUUUCGCUUCUCUCCUGCCAAAGACAGCCCGUUUAAACACGAGCCGGCCUACACACCUUCCACUUCUUCUCUUGCCACAGAGAACGCCUCCUCAGAGCCCAAUGCAGAGGUCAAGCACACUGACCUAUAACCCGUCAGAUUGGAGAAAAGAAGGAAUAUAACAAUACCAUUCUUCCCCAUAGCUGCUCCACCACUGCAGUUUAUGACAUGAUGAUGAUGAAAUGAUUGUCAUUUCAGAAUAAGGCCAGCAGAUCAUGGAUCAGCCCUUGGGAAAGGACACAAUCUUAGCAUCAGCAAAAGGCCUUUUAAAGACCCACACUCUGAAUUUGCACAUAUUGUUCUUGCCGUCUGUUCUUUUUUUUAGCAGUAAUAACCCAACAGGCCACUUUGUGAGUGCUUUUCCUCUCCACACAAGACUGGAAGUGUGUUUGUUAUAUUUUGUUUUUUGGCCCAUGAUGUGUCAGCUGUCUUCAGGAUCUUCACCUCUCUUGAGUCCUCUUGUGUGUCUCACUGCUUCCUACCUACUGUGAGACGGAAUGAAGCCCCAGGCUGAAAAUUUUCCGACUGGCCUGAGGUUGAUGCUCCAUGCUCUGAUGGGUUGGACUGACACACACAUGAGGAUUCAAGUGGAAGGGUGGUAAAAGAAGAAAAUAAUAAAAUAUUUAAAAAAAAAAAAGAAAAAAAAAAGUGUCCCUAUUCCUGGUCCUUCCUGUUAAAAGUUUAUGUUCUCAUGUCUAUUUCCUCUUACACUCCAGAUCUGAGACUCUAAAUUGCCGAUAGGUGGAGCAGGAAUGUUAACGUUUGAUACAUGAUAGGAAUAAUUGGAUGUGGAAAAUGAAAAUGCCAAGUGUUUUAUGAGAUAAUUUAGAGCAAUAAUCCCCCACAAACGCAUUCAUUUCU